CUUUGGGUGACCGUUAUGAAGACGCUGGGGAUUUUGGUUUCUGCUGCCCUGUUCCUGGGGUCCGCCUCUGCUGCCCUGUUCCUGGGGUCCGCCUCUGCUGCCCUGUUCCUGGGGUCCGCCUCUGCUGCCCUGUUCCUGGGGUCCGCCUCUGCUGCCCUGUUCCUGGGGUCCGCCUCUGCUGCCCUGUUCCUGGGGUCCGCCUCUGCUGCCCUGUUCCUGGGGUCCGCCUCUGCUGCCCUGUUCCUGGGGUCCGCCUCUGCUGCCCUGUUCCUGGGGUCCGCCUCUGCUGCCCUGUUCCUGGGGUCCGCCUCUGCUGCCACUCUUGGAGUGGUGUACACUGAGGGAGGCAUGGUGCAGGGGAAGAACAUCAAUUCUGAUGGACUGUUCCGCACCAUGGACGUCUUCAAAGGAAUCCCCUUCGCUGACAAGCCCGGCAAGUUUGAGAAGCCCAAGCUUCACCCUGGAUGGGAUGGUGUUCUCAAGGCCACUAAGUUCAAACCGAGGUGUAUGCAGCUGAACCUGCUCCAGUCAGACACCCGUGGCCAAGAGGACUACCUGAACAUAUGGGUCCCUCAGGGCAGCAGCGGUAUGUAUUAUUCAUUGGCAGCAGAGAACUGGAAGGAGAGGCGGCCAAAGGAAGUGUUGGCUUUGGGGAUGACCUUUGAAAUAUACCCGAUGGAGCGUGUGCUACGAGUGGGUGUUGCUAUGGUAGAGUACUGCUGCUUGCUCACAGAGCUGUCUUCCAUGUCAGGUAACUAUGGUUUGUGGGACCAGCACGCUGCCAUUGCUUGGGUAAACAGGAACAUCCGUGCCUUCGGAGGAGACCCCAACAACCUCACCAUCUUCGUUUCUGUUAACUGUUGUGUCUAUGAACCCAAGGAUGAUCAGAUGAUGGCCUGCCUGAAACCUGUUGACGCUAAUGUUCUCACUCUGGCCGGUACCACGGCCCUGGGUGGUUCUCCCUCCACCCCCAUGGUAGACAACCUGGUCCUCUCCCCUGUGAUCGAUGGGGACUUCCUGCCAGAUCACCCAGGCAACCUUUUCCACAAUGCCACUGACAGCGACCACCUCGCUGGGGUCAACAGCAUGGAUGCCCACCCCUUCACUGGCCCAAUGGGUAAAAUAAUGUGUCAAUUUUGUAGAAACUCCUUUAAGAAAACCAAUGGUCCGAACCUCAUGUUUCUAGCCUCAUCCGUUCAAAAGUCAUUGACGUUUUUACCCUUCUCUGACCUGACAUCCAUUCCCUGCCGGAUCUGCAUCUCUCUUCCUCUUUCUCACUACAGGUCAGACGUGAAACUGCUCUUGAGUUCUUUGACUAAGAAGGGAGAGGCAGCUACAAACAACGCUUUCGCAGAGUACACGGCUGACUGGGGAGAUGAGCCUAGCCAGAAGACAAUCAAGAAGACCGUUGUUAUGAUCGAAACUGACUACAUCUUCCUGGUUCCUACCCAGGUUGCUCUCUACCUGCACACCUCUAAUGCCCAAUCUGCACGCACCUACUCCUACCUCUUUUCGGAGCCCAGUCGCAUGGCCGGGAUAGUCCAACCUUACCCCAGCUGGAUGGAGGCUGACCAUGCUGAUGACCUGCAGUAUGUGUUCGGCAAGCCCUUCACAACGCCCCUGGCAUACUGGCCCAGCCACCGUGACGUCUCCAGAUACUUGAUUGCCUACUGGACCAACUUCGCCAGGACUGGAGACCCCAACAACGGGGAGUCGAAGGUGCCUGUGACCUGGCCUGCAUACACCACCUCUGGGCAAAAGUACCUGGAGAUCAAUGCCCACAUGAACAAUAACUACGUCCAUGAGAAGAUGAGGGUGCGCUUUGUGAACUGGUGGUCUAACAUUUUUCCCAGCCUGCCCUCGGUCUGAGAAAGCUCUCACUGAGCACCGGCUCCCUGAUGCAUCAUUCACAGCUAUACAAAUUGUUCUUGUCAUGUCACAAAUGCAAGGUUACCAGUAUCACCAGAUGCAUUUCUGAUUGUAACAAUUUUUGUCAUUGGCAAAUUAAAUUAAUACAAUUAAGAAGUCUA